AUGCCAUCAACCAACAACACCUCAGACCAACAACAACACCCCAACGAAAUCUCGACAACCUUCCUCAUAAUCGGCGCCGGCCCCGCCGGCGCCUCGCUGGGCUGCUUCCUCGCCUCCUACAACCUCACGGGACUGAUCAUCUCAGCGGCCCCGGGCACCGCCAAGGAGCCUCGCGCGCACAUCACGAAUGCGGCAGCGUUGGAGUGUCUGCGGGAUCUGGGGCUCGAGGAGGAAGUGCGGAGACAUGCGACGCCCGGGGAGAAUAUGAUGCAUACGAGGUGGUGUCGGAGUAUGGCUGGGGAGGAGUACGCUCGGAUCCAUUCCUGGGGCAACCAACCCCAUCGAAAAGGCGACUACGACGCCGCGAGUCCGUGUCGACACGUGGAUCUGCCGCAGACGUUGCUGGAGCCCGUGUUGGUCAAGUACGCGACGGCGAAUGGGUGGAAGGUGAGGUUUGAUUCGACGUUUGAGGGGUUCGAAAGGGAGGAGGGGAAGGAUGGAAAGGUUGUUUCGACGGUGAGGGAUAAUCUCACGGGGCAGACGUAUCGCGUGCGGUCCAAGUAUUUGUUUGGGUGUGAUGGGGCGAGGAGUCGGGUCAUGAAGCAGCUGGAUCUUCCUUUGAUCAAGGAGCCUGGUCAGGGCCUUGCGCUCAAUGUUUUGGUCGAUGCGGAUCUCUCAAAGCAUAUGGAGCAUCGGAAGGGUAAUCUCCACUGGGUCUUCACGCCGGAAAUCGAACACCCUGGCUGGGGCUGGUCAGGUAUCGCGCGGAUGGUCAAGACAUGGCACGAGUGGAUGUUUAUCAUGUUCCCGCAUCCCAGCUUUACGGAUUUUGCUGUCCGGCCGAGCGAAGAGGAGUACGUCAAGCGGAUGCGAGAGAUGAUUGGUGACGAUUCGAUUCCGGUGAAGAUUCUGGAUGUGGCGAAGUGGUAUGUGAAUGAGAUUGUGGCGGAGAAGUAUAGUGAUGGCAAUAUUUUCUGCUUGGGAGACGCUGUGCAUCGACACCCUCCGUUCAACGGUCUAGGAUCGAACACUUGCCUUCAAGAUUCCUGGAAUCUCGCCUGGAAACUGGCCUACGUAGAACGAGGACUCGCUGGACCCAGCUUGCUCGAUUCGUUCUCUCAUGAAAGACAACCCAUCGGAGCAGGUAUCAUCAAACGAGCCAACGACUCAUUUCGAGAACACGUGCCAGUAUGGGACGCACUAGGCGUACUCCCCGAGGAUCUCGAAGAACGGAAACGCCAACAUGCCGAGCUAUCAGCUGCAACAGAAGCAGGGAAAGCGAGGAGAAAGAGGCUGCAGGAAGCCGUUGCUGAUACCGCGCAUGAGUUUGGUGGUAUCGGCAUUGAGAUGAACCAGAGGUACGAUUCCGGUGCUGUGUAUCUCAAAGACGAGACCGAGCAGCGUCCACCGCCGCCCAAGGAUGCCGUGCUGGAGUACCAGAUCUCGACGUAUCCGGGAUCGAGACUGCCGCAUGCUUGGCUGAACAAGAAGUGUCCUGUGGAAGCCCCUAUUAGCACGAUUGACCUGGCUGGGCAUGGAGCUUUUUGUCUAUUGACUGGCAUUGGAGGUGACGUGUGGAAACAGGCUGCGGUGGAGGUUUGCAGAUAUAUUGGUGUUAAGAUCAAUGUUUACAGCAUUGGUUUUGGCCAAGAGUGGAUAGAUGUGUAUGGCGAUUGGGAGAGGAGGAGGGAGAUAGAUGAAGAUGGGUGUGUGCUCGCUCGACCGGACAGGACGGUCUGCUGGAGGAGUCGCUCAGUGCGUGAGGACGCCAAUGCCGCUCUGGUGAAGGUGGUGAAGUCGGUUCUGGGAUUAGACGUGAAGUAG